AAGGCCUUUCUCGAGAUAUGUUCAAUAAUCAUUUCCAAGAAUUCUCAACCAUAUCUUCCUCUGCUCUUCCUCUGCUAUAAUCAAUCUUUCACGCAGAAGGACAAAAAAAAAAAAGAAUAUAUACAAACAAUGGAAGAAGAAUCUCAAAUGAUCCUAAUCCUCACCUCCAUCAUCCUAACCAUCUCCUCUCUCACACUCUUCAUCAAAAACCUCAAACAAAACCAAAACCUUCCUCCAUCACCACCGUCCUCACUUCCAAUCAUCGGCCACCUCCGUCUCCUCAAACCGCCCCUCCACCGCGUCCUCCUCUCCGUCUCCAAAUCGCUAAACGAUUCCCCGAUCUUCUCCCUCCGUCUCGGUAACAAACUCGUGUUCGUCGUCUCUUCUCUCCCGAUCGUCGAAGAAUGUUUCACCAAAAACGACGUCGUUCUCGCGAACCGACCUAAAUCGAUGGCUUCCAAACACAUCUCUUACAAUUACUCGUCGAUGGUCUCGGCUCCGUAUAGUGAGCAGUGGAGAAACCUCCGACGUAUCGGCGCCGUCGAGAUCUUUUCCAAUCACCGUCUUAAUAGCUUUACCUCUAUUCGCCGUGACGAGAUCCGCCGACUCAUCGCUCGUCUCUCUCGCUCUCAGAACUCUUCACUCGAAUUUGGGAAGGUUGAGAUGAACUCAAUGUUAUCCAACUUAUCAUUCAACAACAUCAUUAGAAUGGUGGCUGGAAAAUGUUACUACGGAGAUGGUGCAGAGGAUGAUUUAGAGGCUAAACGUGUGAGGCAGCUUAUCGGAGAGGCGAUGACUUGUUUUGGUGCUGGACAUGCGGCUGAUCAUUUACCGGUCUUGAGAUGGUUUACAGAUUUCGAGAGACGGGUAAAGAAGAUUGCUGGUAGGCUUGAUGAGUUUUUCCAAGGAUUGGUUGAUGAGAAACGAGCGGCAAAGGAGAAGAAGGAGAAUACAAUGAUUGAUCACUUGCUUUCUUUGCAAGAAUCACAACCUGAGUAUUACACAGACCACACCAUCAAAGGAACCAUGCUCUCUCUUAUACUUGCGGGGACUGAUACAUCAGCGGUAACUUUGGAAUGGGCAUUGUCGAACCUAUUGAACCAUCCUGAAGUAUUAAAGAAGGCGAGAGAUGAAAUCGACAAUAAUAUUGGCUUAGAUAGGCUUGUGGAGGAAUCAGACAUCUCAAACCUUCCGUAUCUUCAGAACAUCGUCUUUGAAACGUUGCGGUUAUACCCUGCAGGGCCAAUGUCAGUCCCGCACGUCGCAUCAGAAGACUGUAAAGUACGGGAAUACGAUAUGCCGCGUGGUACUAUGUUAUUAGUGAACGUGUGGGCUAUACACAGAGAUCCUAACCUAUGGGAUGAUCCCGCGAGUUUCAAGCCAGAGAGGUUCGAGAGAGAAGGAGUGAGUCGUAAACUAAUAACGUUCGGGUUAGGAAGAAGGGCGUGUCCCGGGGCCGGACUAGCUCAACGGUUGGUAAACUUAACUCUUGGGUGUCUGAUUCAAUGUUUUGAGUGGGAGAGGAUUGGAGAAGAAGAGGUGGAUAUGACUGAAUGUGGAGGACUCACAAUGCCUAGAGCUAAACCUUUGGUAGCCAUGUGCAGAGCACGGGACUUUGUUGGUAAAAUCCUACAUGAGUCUGCUUAAUUGUAUAGUAGACUUUUGUAAAUGCUAAUACAUGUUUUAAGGCGACGGUUUAUUGUCUGUAUGUUGCUGUUAUUAUUUCAUUUGUAUUUGUACUACGUUACGUAAAACGUAAUAUUCAAUCAAAACGAUGGAUACAAGACAAAAUCGAUUAUGACAA